GAAAGUGACAGAACUGGGGGGGAUGAGUGCUUUUCACAAGAAGACAAAAGAGGAAGACAGAACAGGAAUUUUGGAAUGAAAUACUGUGACUUUCUCCCUCUGCUGUGAAAGUAACCCGACAGACCUGCUUUUUGCCCAUGCUGUCCUAAUACUCCCACAGCAGAGCACUGAUGUCAAACACAACUUUGACCGUAGAUGCCUUCGGGGGACAGCUGAUCUGUCCCCAGCUACAGAUAAUGAGGAACCACAGGCUCAACAACAACUCAAAGGCCAAUUUGGUGGUGGUUUGCAUCCACGGUCUGGUCUCCUGCCUGGGGAUUUUGGAGAACGCCCUGAUCCUCUGGGUGGUGGGCUUCCGCCUGCGGCGCCGCACUGUUGCCUCCGUCUGGGUGCUCAACCUGGCCAUGUCUGACUUCCUGACAACGCUGACGCUGCCCCUCUUCACCUUCUACCUGGACUCCUCACAUAGCUGGGAGCUUGGCAGCCCACUUUGCAAAACACAGGCAUCCAUCUUCUUCUUGAACAUGUUUGUGUCGGCCUUCCUGCUGGCAGCCAUUUCACUGGACCGCUGCCUACUGGUCGCCAAGCCAGUGUGGAGCCAGAACCACCGGUCAGUGGCAGGAGCAUGGAAGGUGUGUCUAUUGGGUUGGCUUUGGGCAGCAAUGAACACUUUACCUUACUUCCUGUUCCGCUCAGUGACUGAGAAAGAGGAUGGGAGGAAGCUGUGCUACCAUAAUUUUGCCUUGUAUUCAUCCUCUCAAGCCACUCUGGAGAGAGAUUGCAAUGUGAGGCAGGCGGCAACAGCCAUCUCCAAGCUGCUGCUAGCAUUCCUGGUCCCCCUGGUGGUGAUUGCAGGAAGCUACAUCCAAAUUGGUCUCAGCCUGAGGAAGAGGAGCAGAAGGAGGAAGCAGAGUGCCAGUAGGUUUACUGAUGCACUUAUUGUGUCAAACAAAGAUGGGGCAUCAGGAGCUACAAAUGCCCCUACAGCCACAAAAACCACUAAUUUUUUUCUCAAGCCUCUAGCCUCCGGUCCAUCUUCAUCCCUGACACCCACAGCCUUGUCCCCUUCUACCUCCAAUCAGAACAAUCACAGCCAGCUGUCCAAGAGUUUCACCAAGAUGGUGACAUUUGUGAUUGCAGCAUUUGCACUGUGCUGGGCUCCAUAUCACAUCUUCUGCAUAAUCGAAGUGACAGCCCAGUACAGGAGCGAAAAUAUCAACCUGGUGGAGGUGGGGCUGCCCAUAGCCACAACCUUUGCAUUCUUGAAUCCAGUGUUGAACCCUAUUCUGUAUGCCUUCAGCUGCCCAAACUUCUGCGUCAGGAUUCGACAGAGUCUGGGUGCAGUGUUUGACGGUCUGGUAGAAGAGAGAGGGGGUUUACUGAUGGCACCAGGGAGAAGUUUAAGAGCACAUAUUAAGAGGAAGAACAGUCGAGACACAGGCCUUGGAGUACCAGUGUCACCAAAGGGUUCAUGUGCAGCCCCUUUCCCAAGGCAAGAGUCAAAAACUGAUGUGGAACAUUCAUGCUAGAUGCAACUGGAUUUUUGGCUCUACGUUUAAUUUAGUUUAAUGCUAAUUUAUCAUUAGUCAUGUUACAUGUGUCUUUAUGCCCAAUUCAGUGGAUUGCCCUGUGACCAUUCACAUAAAAACUGCAGCCACCAUUUGGAACAGGAAUUAGUAACAAUGCUUGAUACAGUAUCUUUAUGGGUUCUAGCGAUGGCUAUGUUGAUAUGCUGGCCGGUCCUUACACCGCUGUUCAGCAAUUAUAGGACCGACUACUAUGACAUUUACAGUGCCCACAGAGUGGUCUUACUGACCUCGGUCACCUUAACUUGGUAUAAGGUUGAAAUGUUUGUCUACUGAAAUAUCUUGCAAACUAUUGGAUGGAUUGCUGAGAAAUUUGACACAGAUAUGUAUGUUCCCCAGAGGAUAAAAUGUAAUAACUUUGAUGAACCUCUGCUUAACAAAUAGUGCUAUUGUCAGGUCAUUCAAAACAUUCAUUUUUGUCCAGUACUUUAGUUUCUGACCAAACACCUGCAAAACUAAUGCCAUCCCCAGUAACCGCAGCUGUACCUGAUAAACAUCAAGGUCAGCAUUGCCAUAGUGAGCAUGCUGAUAUUAGCAUUUAGCUCAAACCACAUCGUUCAUGGGUGAAGAUCACUAACCUUGGUGGUCUCUUGAUUUUUCCUGUAGCGCCACGAUGAUGAUGACAUUUGCGGUUUUAAGGGUGAUGUCUCGAUAGUUAUUGGAUGGGUUAGAGGUGUUAGGGUUAGCCAUGAAAUUUGGCACAGAUAUUAAUGUCCUCCUUAGGAUCAAUUGUAAUAACAAUUGGUGAUCCCUUUCCAUCUAGUGCCAUCAUCAGGUCGAAAUUUGUUCAACACUUUAUAACAAAAUAUCUAGAAGAACAUGCACCACAUCCCCCCCUGUUCAUUCAAAUGAGCAAAUGUUUGCAUGCAAACAUCUAAAACUAAGACAGUGAACAGGGAAAACAACAUACAUAUCUGCUAAACAUCAGCCUGUUAGCAUUGUCUGUGUUGUUGCACUACAUGUCUCAGAACUCACCCCAAUAUUUGCAUUUUGUCUAUAUUCAAAUUUUGUCAAAAAUAUUUUGCAUGACAUUGAGCUGCUUCACUUUCAUAAAUGAAAUUAUUUCUGUUUGUCUGUAUCGCUACAGUGUUAAAUGGUAAAGUAUUUUGUACCAACAGAAAUUAUUGGUCCGCUUUGGUUUGUUUGGUUUUGCAGGCACUUCAAUCACUCAACACUAACAUGUUGUCAUCUGAUUCUUGUGCUCUGAAUUUCCUUAUUUUUUCCCCUUCCCACAGUAAACUGUAAAUAUGAACAGGAAAAUAUGGAAAAGAUAAAUCUGAGUUGUCAUGAGAUGAAUUAAGGGAUAGAAAGGAACACACAAUAGAUUUCUACUCCAACAAAAUUAGGUUUAUUGUUUCAGUUCGUAUUCAAGUAACUUUUUCAUGGCUCUGAAUCCAAAAUCUUUGCGUUCUGUAGAUUCUGGGCUCAUGCUGUACAAUUUUUGGCCACCAGAGGGAAGCAUAGCUCUGAUUACAUAAACAGGUAAAAACGAUAAAGCAGGAUUAUGCUUUUCAGGUCCUAUAAUCUACGAGCACAUUAGAAUCUGAACUGCUGAACGUCUGAGAACAUUCCUGAGUGAUUGGAUUUUAUCAUAUCUGAUAUCCAUUUUGAUUGACUGUCUCAUCACCGCCGUCACAGUUGUCUGGUCCCAUUACACUCAAUUGGACACCCACCCACACACACACACAUAAGAUGAGGUGUAAUGUAGGCCACAGCAGUGUGGGAUUACCAUGGAGGUACCGUAGUUGUAAUUUGGAGAGAAUAUCAGAGAGUGAAGAUUCAGAAUAUAAAGACAGAGCAGGAUUAAACCUAACGGGUCAGACUGACAUACAAAGCUCCACUUUCCCUUCAGCCAUUCAGUUCCAGCAGAUUAUCUCUCUCUCUCCCUCCCCUUGGGAGUAUCUCUCAUUUUCUCCCUCUCUGUAUUUAUUUAUUUCUCUCUUUAUGUCUUUUUGGCUUUGGUUUGAUGGAGCUAACAAAGACACAAUGAACUCAAAGUGACAAAGACACAGGAAAGAAAGAAAGAGGAAGAAAGGAAGGAAGAAUUACACAAGGAAAAGUGUCAUCAGAGGUUGACAUGCAUCCUGUGUACAUUUAUACAUUUUUUUACAGUCAGCAAUAUAAAACAGGGGCAUUGCAGAACAAGAAUAUGUAAAAAAAAAAAAAAAAUAGUCUGAAGGGAUCUUGCAAGGCACCGUACUAUUAUUUGGGGGAAGUGUUGUGUGGGUUCAUUUAGCUGGAGGGUUAACCCUAACCAUAUAGCUUUUACAAUUAUGUCAUAAAUCUCUACACAGAUCACCCUCACCUUCAUAAUAAAGUACAAAAAGUUAUAUGUCACAUAAAGUCAUAUCUUAUAUGUAAUUAGUUCAUCACAAUGUGUUUGUCCAAUUCUAAAUAAGAUCUGAAGAAAAUAUUGUGAACUCUGGGGAGGGUUUUGCUUUUUUGUAAUGGUUCACCUACCUGCCCACUUCAACAAUUUUUGUGCUGUCCCUAAAUGAUGGAGUAAUGAGUGGAUGGAGGAGGAAGGAAAUCCAAGAGGCAAGAAUAGGGCCAACAAACAUGACUCACCUGAAUAGUCUUAAUAUUUCUUGGUAUCAUUAUAGAAUUUCUGUGAGGAGAUGUGAAUGGAAUGAUGUAGGAAAGAUGAGAGUACACUGACGCUCAACAGCAGAGAAGAAGGAAACACACAGAUAAGGAAAAAGAUAAUGAAACCGCAGGAGAACAGUGAGAACACUGACGACAUAUGUUGAAAGCGAUGGAGUCACAGAGAUUAUAUGAUAAUGAUGAUAACAGUUGGUACGGAUAAGAGAUAAGGAAGGAAUGAAAGUGAGAGUAUGUGGAGGGUUUUGCUUUAAAAGGGUUUAAUACACUGCCACAGUGCUUUCCACUGCUUACAGCUGACAGCUGCUGACUACAAAACGAAAGCGCAUCGCACGUCAGUGAUUAAACAUCAUGCACUGAAGUAUACACUCACGCAUACACAUACAGAGAAGAUAUGCAUUUGCAUUUGCAUUUGUACAGAAAAACCUCACAUGCACACAAAAAUUGGAUUUGCAUGUAUCAUGUCAAUGCAAAAAGAGAUCAAACUACAUUUCUAUAGAUAGAAGAAGAGUGUAAUAAACCUCAACUCAUGUGCUAUGUUUCUUCUCUAUUAUGACUGCAAGUAUUUACAUGGUUUAUAUACAUAAAGUUUAUCACAGAAUGUGAAUCUUUACACAUUCAUACUGUAUAUUGUGUCUGUAAUUACAACAUUGUAUUAAUGAAGAGUCUCAUCUAUCAUGGUUGACUGUUGAAUGGCGAUAAACACAAAUAACCCUUUAUAUUAUAAAUGAACUGAUACAGUAAAAAGAAAGAACAUGUGAUGACUCAAAUGUUUAGUGUCGCACUUACCCCUGGGCUCCAAGGCAGGACCAGGAUUUGUUUUGGUUUCAAGGUUCUGAGGAAAUUCCAGUACAAUAGCUGUCCUUUGCUAUGCUUCUCCUUUUCAUAUUAAAUAUCUGAGGGCAAGACUGUCAGGCAGUCGGUACGUUUGUCAGUGCUGGCAAGAAUACCACACUGCUUUGUUACGCCACAUGCAGCAGCAUGUUAAUUUGUUUGCUGUUGUGACUUGUUAAUAACAUUUUUAAGGAGAUGGGAGUGAUCGUGGUUAAUACAUUUCAGGUACCCAGAAAGUCAAACAGUGUUUAUUUAUUUCUGUGACUGGUACUGUGUUCUGUUUCUGGUUCACUGUGACUCAAAUUGUGACAUACUGAUGUUGUUGUUAACUUGAUUAAGGAUACUGACAAACCUUAUGUAACUUAUGGACUUCUACAUAUUGAUUCCUAAGAAUCAGUCGAUAUAAUGACAUUGGUAGAUUUUAUUUAGUGGUUAUUAUGAACUGAUUUCCGGCGACUUUAUGUACAGAUUAUUGAUUUGGAUAGUAAGGAUUAAAGCCUAAUGGGCAUCAUGUGGGUGAACUACA